AUGACGAAGGUCCUGGUCACCGGAGGGACCGGGCUCUACGGCAAGGCCAUCGAGGCGGUCAUCAAGGAGGACGAGGCUGCCAAGAACGAGGAGUGGGUGUUCCUCUCGUCCAAGGACGGCGACCUCGUGGACAGGAAAGCCGUGGAGGCCAUCUUUGAGAAGCACAAGCCGACGCACGUGAUCCAUCUGGCCGCAAAGGUGGGCGGCCUGUUCCACAACAUGCGGAAGAAGGUCGACUUCUAUCGUGACAACACUCUGAUCAACGACAACGUGAUGGAAUGCUGCCGCAUUUACGGCGUGAAAAAGCUGGUCUCCUGCCUGUCGACCUGCAUCUUUCCCGACAAGACCUCCUACCCGAUCGACGAGACCAUGCUCCACAACGGCCCGCCGCACACCUCCAAUCUGGGGUACUCGUGCGCAAAGCGCAUGGUGGACGUUCUGAACCACUGCUACAAAGACCAGUAUGACCUCAACUACACCUCCGUGAUCCCUACUAACAUCUACGGCGAGUUCGACAACUACUCCAUUCGGGUGUUGACAGAGGUGCUCCUGCCCCAGCGUGACCCCAGGCAACCCGAGGGGGUCGCGGCGGCGCCUAAGUGGCCCAAGGCGGGGAGCUCUGCAGGAACGCUCGAGGCUCUGCCCCCCCUCUCCUAUACGUCGUCCUCCUCUUCCUCGUCCCCCUUGUCUUGCUGA